AAAUAUGUCUAUGUUUAUAUAAUAUUCGUGAGAAUUUGGGGUGUGCUAUUAAUAUUCCGAAUAAAUGGAAGCACUUUCGAUCCGGCAAGUGAUUUUGUUUGACGCCAUUGUCGUAGCUUUGUUGAGCCGAAGUGCGCGCAAUUUCAAACUCCAUUCAAAAUGGCACGUGUCGACCUGCUUAUUGUCGUCAAUCGUUUGUAGACUACUAACAGUUAUAAGCGGCGAAGCAGCAAUGUAAAUAUAAGUUUUUCUCCCUUAAUAAAUAUUGAAUAGCUUUAUUUUUUACACAAGUUGCGUAGUACGUGUCGUUGGCGGAACGUUAAGCAACGAGCCCUGAUCUUUCUCAACUAGGAGUUUAACCACCCAAGUCGCCAUCUCGGCAAUCGUUAUUUUUGUGAGUGAUAGAGAUUUCGGCAAAGCACAAUGGUUCGAAAGUUGAAGUUCCAUGAACAAAAACUUCUUAAAAAAGUUGAUUUCAUCAAUUGGGAAGUUGAUAACAAUCUCCAUGAGGUGAAGAUUAUGAAGAAGUACUACAUUCAGAAACGCGAAGACUAUACAGCGUACAAUAAGUUGGCCCGGCAAAUACGCGAAUUGGCGCGAAAAAUUCGAGACCUCGAUGCUAAGGACCUGUUUAAAGAGUUAUCUACUAAGGAACUUCUAAAUAAACUGUAUGCGAUGGGCAUUAUUAAUGAAAGGUCAAGCCUUGAGGUGGUUGACACAGUGACUGCAUCGUCGUUUUGCCGACGACGGCUGCCUGUUGUGCUGAAAAAACUCGAAAUGGCUGAGAACCUCAAAGCCGCCGUUGAGUUUAUCGAAGCUGGACACAUUAGAAUUGGACCAGACGUGGUCAGUGAUCCAGCAUUUUUAGUUACUAGACAGUUGGAGGACUUCAUCACGUGGACGGAUGCCUCGGCAGUCCGUAAGCAGGCUCUUAGAUACAACGAAAUGAACGACGAUUAUGAUCUAAUGGCCUAAACAUCUACGCAGAAGUUUUGCGCACAGAAAGGUGUCUCUCGUGGUACUUGAGGAAAGAUGUUGUAUUUAAGAAGAAUUGUAUUUAAGUUACGCAGUGAAUGGUUAAUAUUAUUCGUGUUAUAGCUUAUCACAUGUGUACAUUUAUAUACUGAAGUUCUGUAAUCAAUAAAACACGCUACGCUUAA